AUGUUCUUGCACAACACAUUGAAAUUGAGUGGCAAGGAUAAGAGGGAGAAUGAGCUAAUGUAUGUGAAAUCAAGGGACACUGCAGAGGACAUCUUUAAAGUGUAUGUCCAAGCAAGCCAUGGAGUAUAUCAAUGGGAUGACGAAGAAAUGGAAGUUUUUGGUGGAAAUGUAAGUGAACCCUUUAUUCUCGACUUCUACAUAGCUUGGAAGACAAAUGGGAACUUGCCCAAGGGGGAAGAAUGGGAUGUGGCAACAAUCGAAAAAAUUGUUCCACAGGAGGUUUUCACUAAGGAGAUGGCACACAUGGUUAAGGAACACCUCUUGGCUCCAUUGCUUGAGACUUCAAAACUUACCUUUAGAAAGACAUCCAUCUUAGAUCAUCUUGGGUACUACAACUUCGUGUUGAUUGAUUAUGAAGGCCACAAGGCACCAAUCGAGAUCAUCACACCAAAAAGUAUCAAGGCCAACAAAGGAUGGUCUCAGUUGAGGAUGGAGCUCCUGGAUGCGUUUCUCAAAAUGCCUCAGUCUAUCAGUAUGCCUGCAAUUCAGGUGACAAUCCAACCACACACCUCUGCAUCUGAUCCAGACUGUUCACUUGAUGCACUAAAAUGUCUAAGCACUCCUGCCAUCCAGCAGCCCUACAUUACUGUCUGGGGUCAGGUUGCCCACUCUUACCUCUUCCUCCUGGAAGGAAACUCCGAUGCCUCCAAGCACUCAAGCCAAAAACCCACAUUACCCCUGUAG